GUCAAAUUGACAUGAAUCACACGCGGUUUCAAGAGGCUUAACAUAUUCAUGAUUCAUAUAUUCACGCUUAUGUUUAUCUUUAUAUGCUUUUGUAAUGGUAACAUUCAAGUGAAGGUAGAUAUACAGCUUUUGUUUGUAAAGUAUAAACAGAAUUAAUCUUCAUAUUGACAGAAAGAAUUAUUUCAACAUAAUGUGGUUUCAUUUUUUGACCAGGGCAAUAGGGAAAUGAAUCGUUGGAACUACUGGAGAAUAAUUUUUAAGCGUUACUCUUUCAGGAUUCUGGCAUAGGACACGUAGAAGAUAACGACAUGGCUCUAAUAUUUUUUAUAACCAUAGAAAACGUAUGUGACAGCAGUUUGGAGAUUAAUGUAAAAAUGGUUCAGUGCUGUGAUACGUCCAGAUCGGAAAGAAGAAACGAAUGUAAUCUAAUGUAUCUUAUAGGAGGUGCAAUGGGGAUACUAUAUGCAAAAGAUACAAAAAACGUUACGUUAAUUUAUCCCAAUUUAUACCUACAGAACAGAAAAGGUAUGUGCAGCAUAGAGAUACAAUAUCAGGACGAAAAUACGAAAAAGUCGAUCCUUAAGCAAAUUGAGUUCAAUACAAGCGAGGGCGGUGACGACGAAGAUAACGAUAGGCCUGCUUGCCCGACAGUAGACACAGACCCAACUUCAAAUUGUAAUCCGGUGGAUUGCGUUAUCAAGUACUCUGGUGAACAGAAUUUUUUUAAUCCAGCCUCAAACGAGUGUGAGGAAGUUCCAGACUGUUGUUAUGAUCCACAAAAUCCCUUACCAGAUAAUGGAUAUUCAGUGUCUAACAAUAGCUGCAUAGACUUGAAUUGUUCUAUAACGACCCAUGACUUACACCUACUAGAAAAUAAUCAAGCUUUACUUCCCGACGCGGUCAAUGUCCUUCCGAGCAACAUGAUUUGUCAUCAUGGAGAUGUAACUGAAGAAGGUACCUGCCAAUGCUGGUUAGGUUGGGAAACCUCAAUAAAUGAGAACGAGAUAUACGAACCAACGCUGUUGCAGUACCACAUGUGCAACAUCGGAAGAGGUUCUUGGAAUAGUGUAAAUAGAGGCAAGAUCAAAGCUACUGGAUUCAUAAUAACGGUAAUAGAGCUGAUCCCGUGUCUGCGCGAAAAUGAGCUUAUCUGUUGAAAGAGCAGGAGAGUAACCAUCAGCUAUGCUUUUUCCUCUUUUCAAACUAAAUGGUUGUCCCUGUCUGCGGAAGGAAACUUCCCAUUAACGAGUGUUUAAUAAUAAUAAUAAUAAUAAUAAUAAUAAUAAUAAUAAAUGGCUUUAUUCGAAGAGACU